AUGGCCGCCGUUGCACCUCCGGCAGAUCAAGCUGCAGAUUUGUUGCAGAAACUAUCUUUGGACUCGCAAGCAAAAAGUUUUGAGGGCCAAGAUUCUGCCAAAAAGCCGUCAGCUGAUUCCAGUAACAUGGCUAAUGGAAUUCCGUCGGAUCGAUCUGUUACACCUUUGUUGCCGGAUUUAAUGGAUCCGGCUGUUUGCUAUGUUCCAAAUGGUGCUUAUCCUGCAUAUUAUUACGGCGGAUUGGAUGGUAAUGACUGGGAGAGUUACACAAGAUACAUGAAUCCGGAGGGAGUGGAGAUGACUCCAGGAGCGUAUGGGGACAAUGGAUCCCUAAUAUAUCACCAUGGCUAUGGCUAUACCUCUUAUGCACCGUAUUCACCUGCUACGUCCCCCGUACCAACACUGGGACAUGAUGGACAGUUGUAUGGAGCUCAGCACUAUCAAUAUGCAGCUCCUUAUUUCCAUUCGUUGACACCAAAUGGUCAGUACCCUACGCCAGCUGCCCCAGCCAAAGGUGAGAUUGCCACCUCUGCAAAGGCAGACCAAGCGCCAUUGUCCGUGGAUUCUUCUAAUACAAAAUCCAGUGGUAUCGCCAAUGGUGGGGUUGGCAAGGGGAAUAAUGGUACAGCGACAACAAGAUCAACUUAUCAAAAUUCAUCAGUUAAUGCUAAUAGUACCUACGGAAAAGGUUCUUUGCCAGGAGGAAUUCCUGUGUCUGGUUAUCAGGAUCCAAGAUUUGGAUUUGAUAGUUUCCAGACACCAAUUCCAUGGUUAGAGAAUCAGUAUUUCUCAGGGCAGCAAAGGCCUGUUACCAGCUCGUCAAUGACUUCGACUGGAAGUAGUGUUCCUCCGUCCAGGGAUCAGAAUUUCCGGCCUCACGUGAUGGGUUUGCAUAACCCAAGGCCAAUCAACUCUGCUGGUGGAUAUAUGAAUAGAAUGUAUCCCAAUAAGUUAUAUGGCCAGUAUGGAAAUUCUUACGGGUCAGGUCUGGGCUAUGGGUCUAAUGGUUAUGACUCUCGAAUCAAUGGACGUGGUUGGAUGACUGUUGAUAGCAAGUACAAGACGAAAGGAAGAGGAAAUAGCUUUUACAGUUAUGGAUAUGACAGUGUGGAUGGCCUCAAUGAAUUGAACAGAGGACCAAGAGCCAAAGGUAGCUCUAAGAAUCCUAAGGCCUUCUCACCGGUGGCUUUGGCUGUCAAAGGGCAAAAUAUACCAUUAACUGGGGUUGCCGAUAAUGAAAAUAAAUCAAGCAUCACUCUGGAUCGGGAACAAUACAACAAACCUGAUUUUCCUGACACCUAUUUGGAUGCCAAGUUCUUUGUUAUCAAAUCGUACAGCGAGGAUGAUGUCCACAAGAGCAUUAAGUACAAUAUCUGGGCCAGCACUCCAAAUGGUAACAAAAAACUGGAUGCAGCUUACAAUGAGGCUCAACAGAAGUCUGGAGGCUGCCCCGUUUUUCUUUUCUUCUCUGUCAAUACGAGUGGCCAAUUUGUUGGAGUUGCUGAAAUGGUUGGUCCUGUUGAUUUCAACAAGAAUGUUGAGUACUGGCAGCAGGACAAGUGGGUUGGCUGUUUUCCUGUUAAGUGGCAUAUAGUGAAGGAUGUACCGAACAGCUUGUUGAAACACAUAACCCUUGAGAACAAUGAGAACAAGCCUGUAACUAAUAGCAGGGACACCCAGGAGGUGAAACUUGAGCAGGGGCUUCAAGUGCUGAAGAUAUUUAAGGAUCAUACAAGCAGACAAUGCAUCCUGGACGAUUUUGAUUUCUACGAGGAUCGUCAGAAAAAAAUUCAAGAGAAAAAAGCCAAGCAACAGCUGUUCCAGAAACAGGCUAAAAUGUGGGAAGGCAAACCCACUGAGGAGAAGGCGAAAGAAUGCAAGGAAAAUGCAAAUGGCGAUUCUAAAACCAACAAGUCGCUGGAAGUGGAAUCUGUCGAAACUGUUGCUAGUAAUGGGGACAUCAAGACUCCAGAAGACAACUCGAUUACAAAAGCUGUAGAUGCUGUUUUGGAGAAGAAACCAAGUUCGAAUGGGGUUCCGAGUUGUUGA